GAGUGUUGGUCUGAGACUGACAUCUAGUAGACAUUUCAUCAUCAGUGUUCCCCAUUCCUCGUCCAGGAGAGUCACUUUCCCACAGAGUUCAGUUUAGUCUCUGAUUAAACGCACCUGAUUCAACUAGUCAAAGUCUUUGUGUUUACUUUAACAUCAACUCAGCAGGAAUGAGGAACCUGCGUUACAGACUCACAGACACACCUGUUUUACACACGUCACUCAAACACAGAACCAGGAAACAGGAAACAUGUGAUUUUAAGGAAAGAGAAACUGAAGUGUAGUCGAGCUGUUGAGUGUUUGUGUCUCUGUAUUCAUGCAGUAAAAUGGCAGAAGCCAGAGUUUCUCAGGAUGAGUUCAUGUGCGCAGUGUGUCUGGAUCUCCUGAAGGAUCCAGUGGCCAUCCAGUGUGGACACAGUUACUGUAAGAUCUGUAUUACAGACUGCUGGGAUCAGGAGGAUCAAAAGAGAGUCUACAGCUGCCCUCAGUGCAGACAGACCUUCAGUCCAAGACCUGCUUUAGCUAGAAACACCAUGCUGGCUGAAGUGGUGGAGAAACUGAAGAAGACCAGACUCUCUGCUGACUGUGACGCUGGAGCCGGAGAUGUGCAGUGUGACGUCUGUACUGGAAGAAAAUACAAAGCCGUCAAGUCCUGUCUGAUGUGUCUGAACUCUUACUGUCAGAAUCACCUCGAACAACAUGAGAGUUUCUUUAGAGGAAAGAGACACAAUUUGUCUGAAGCCACUGGACGACUGCAGGAGAUGAUCUGCCAGAAACAUGAGAAGCUCCUCGAGGUUUUCUGUCGCACAGAUCAGAAGUGUAUAUGUGUGCUGUGUAUGGAUGAACAUAAAAACCAUGAAACUGUAUCAGCUGCAGCACAGAGGACAGAGAAACAGAAGCAGCUGAAGGAGACGCGGAAGACGCUCCAGCAGAGAAUCCAGCAGAGAGAGAAAGAUCUUCAGCAGCUGAGAGAGACUGUGGAGUCUCAUAAGCGCUCUGCACAGACAGCAGUGGAGGACAAUGAGACGAUCUUUUCUGAGCUCAUCCACUCCAUUGAGAGAAGCCGCUCUGAGCUGAUACGACUGAUCAGAGAUCAGGAAAAGACUGCAGUGAGUCGAGCUGAAGAACGACUGGAGCGACUGGAGCAGGAGAUCAAUGAUCUGAGCAGGAGAGACGCUGAGCUGGAGCAGCUUUCACACACACAGGAUCACAUCCAGUUCCUGCAGAGUUUCCAGUCUCUCUCAGCACCUCCUGAAUCUACAGACGUAAAUGAUGAUCUCUUCAGUUCUCUCUUCUCUUCUGAUGCUCUGAGAGAAUCUGUCCAUCAGCUGAGAGACAAACUGGAGGAUUUCUGCAAAGAGGAGCUCAAGAAGAUCUCAGACAGAGUCACACUCACCAACACUGAUCACUGGACCAGGAAGGACUUCCUACAAUAUUCCCGUCAGCUCACUCUGGAUCUGAACACAGUGAAUAAACACCUCCGUCUGUCUGAGAACAACAGAGUGAUUACUGACACUGGCACAGAUCAGUGGUAUUGUGAUCAUCCAGACAGAUUUGAUGUGUAUCAGGUGUUGUGUAGAGAGAGUGUGUGUGGACGCUGUUACUGGGAGAUUGAGUGGAGUGGAGGUGUGUUUACUGGAGGUGUGUGUAUAUCAGUGUCAUAUAAGAGCAUCAGCAGGAAGGGACGGGGUCAUGAGUAUGUGUUUGGAUGUAAUGAUCAGUCCUGGAGUUUGUUCUGCUCUUCCUCCAGAUACUCAUUCAGACACAAUAACAUACACACUGCUCUCUCUGUAGAGUCCAUCAGCAGGAGAAUAAUAUUGUUUGAUGAUAAUUAUAGAAUAGGAGUGUUUGUGGAUCACAGUGCAGGAACUCUGUCCUUCUACAGCGUCUCUGACACAAUGAGCCUCAUCCACACAGUCCAGACCACAUUCACUCAGCCACUCUAUCCUGGGUUUAGUGUUGGUUCUGGAUCAUCAUUGAAACUGUGUUGAUGAAUCAGAAUAGACUGAUGAGAGAUUCUACCCAUAAUGCUUUGAGCUGCAUGAUGAAUCAGUAACAGUCAGAUGUUAUAGAGCCUCUUCAUGACAUUAAUACUGCUGCUGAACUUCUGUCAGUGAAAUAACGUUAGAAUAAAUGUGUGUAAUAAAUCCUCAAAUAGACAGUAAGAUCAGUUUAUGUGUGUGUGUGUGUGUGUGUGUGUGAGAGAGAGAGAGUCCUGCUGAGUGACAGUGUGUUUCUGUGCUUUUCUCAACCUCUGUUUGUUGUUGAUGGAAAUCACUAAUUUAGUUAAUAUAUAUUAAUUAUUAAUAAUAAUGAUCAAUAAUUAAUGUUUUUAUUAAAAAAUAUUUCUGAUCAUAUUUUUCAAUGUGUUAUUUCUGUUCUCUGGCUGAUAUAAAUAAAGCUUUUACCCACUUGA